CGGAACUAGGCGGCUUGCGUGAAUUGCAGGAGUUUGACAGAAAUAGAGGGCGACUUCUCGGAGGCAGAGUGUAUGGCCGAGGCGGUGAAGCCCCGCCGGGCCAAGGCCAAGGCCAGCCGGACCAAAGGCAAGGAAAAGAAGAAACAUGAAGCACCCCAGACUUCUGAUGAAGUUUCCCUUCUAGAGACUUCUAGAGAGCAGGAAAUCCCGUCUCUAGCUUGUGAACUCAAAGGAGAUGAUCUGAAGGUGUCAGCUGAUUCCCAGCUCCACAAAGGUGUCAGUGGAUGGAGUGAAAGUGAUAUGUUUGAUGUCCCACUAGGCUCCUCGACUGUAAGUGAUGAAGGGUCCCUGAUACGAGACACAGAGGACCUGAAAGAAAGGGGAGAGAUCAGAGCCCAUGAUGGAGAUGAUGAAAUCAAGAUGAAGGUUGACCCUGGAGACAACGGUAGAACUACAGUUGAACCUUCCAAGAACGUUACCGAGGGAGAGGAAAGCACACUACGACAGGGGUCUUCAGAAAGCACACCACAGCAGGAAAUGGCAAGUUUACAAGUCAGAGAAACCCAGACUAGGAAAGAUGAAGAAGCCCUUGGUUGUUCAAAGGUGCUUCAGAAUGCUAGCUUGCAUGGUUCUUAUGAAGCCAAAGAAGUUUCUCAGCCACCUAGAGUGAAGAAAUUGUAUCCCGAGUUGCCAGCUGAAAUUGUGGAAGUACCAUCUUUGGUGGUGGUGAAGCCCUUGCUCUGUAGUGAGCGACUCUACCCAGAACUCCCGUCUCAACCAGAACUAGUACCAUUUACUAAAGAACAGCUCAAACUCUUGGAGCCUGGUUCAUGGCUGGAAAAUGUUGAGUCAUAUGUAGAAGAAUUUGACAGCAUUGCUCAUCAGGAUAGGCAUGAGUUUUAUGAGUUACUCUUGAACUACUCACGAUGCAGGAAGCAACUGCUGUUGGCUGAAGCCGAGCUACUUACUCUGAUGUCUGAUUGCCAAAAUGCCAAGAGUCGACUGUGGAACUUUAAGGAUGAACAAAUGGCUGUACAGGGUAUCUGUGCAGAUCAAGUGAAAGUGUAUGGCCGUCACCACUACCAGAGAGUAGAAUUGAAUGAAAAUGUCCUGGGAGAACUGAAGAAGCUCUUUGAUGCCAAAUCCGAGCACCUCCACCAGACCCUGGCCCUCCAUUCUUACACGUCCGUGCUCUCGAGGUUGCAAGUGGAGUCAUACAUCUACACGUUGCUCAAUAGUUCAGCUGUUCUGAGAUCUUUAGCAGUUCAUCAGCAAGACCAAGAAAGCAUCCCCUCUGACGUGUGUCAGCUGAAGGAGUGCAUCAGUGUCUUGUUCAUGUUCACCAGGAGAGUGAGUGAAGAUGCCCAGUUCCAUGAGGACAUCCUGCUCUGGCUGCAGAAACUAGUGUCGGUGUUACAAAGAGUUGGCUGUCCUGGAGACCACUUCUUCCUUCUCAACCACAUCCUUCGCUGCCCAGCUGGCGUCAGUAAGUGGGCUGUUCCUUUCAUACAGAUCAAAGUGUUGAAUAACCCUUCAGGGGUCUUUCAUUUCAUGCAGUCCCUUGCCCUGCUGAUGUCUCCUGUCAAAAAUCGAGCAGAGUUUAUGUACCACAUGAAGCCCAGUGAGCGGAAGCCAUCAUCUUCAGGACCUGCAUCUGGGAACUGGACACUCGUAGAUGAAGGAGGAGAAGAGGAUGAAGAUCCUGAGACCAGUUGGAUUCUACUUAAUGAAGAUGACUUGGUCAUCCUUUUGUCCCAGUUUCCCUUUCAUGAACUCUUUCAACAUCUCCUUGGGUUUAAAGCAAAAGGUGAUUAUUUACCUGAAACAACGAGGCCCCAAGAGAUGAUGAAGAUUUUUGCCUUUGCCAACUCAUUAGUGGAACUCCUGGCUGUGGGGUUAGAAACCUUUAACAGAGCCCGCUAUAGGCAGUUUGUGAAGCGCAUUGGCUACCUGAUAAGGAUGACCCUUGGCUAUGUCAGUGACCACUGGGCGCAGUAUGUGAGCCACAGCACAGGCAUGGGAUUAACACUACAGCCCUACUCUGUGGAGAAACUGCAGAUUGAAUUUGAUGAGCUAUUUCUCAGAGCUGUUCUACAUGUCCUGAAAGCCAAAAGACUUGGCAUUUGGCUGUUCAUGUCUGAGAUGCCCUUCGGCACGCUCUCAGUCCCGACGCUCUGGAAGCUCUUCCACCUCAUGCACCAGGCGGGGAGCGGGGGCCUGCAGCACCUCUGUGCCCCCCUGCAGCCGGCCGAGUGCAAGAGGCAACUCCAAGACCCAGAACAUUUUGCGAACUUGGAGAAGUAUCUUUCUUCCAUGAACAGCUCAGAAGAGAUUUGCCUUCUGACGACCUUUGCUCAGAUGGCUCGGGCCAGAAGAACAAAUGUAGAUGAGGACUUCAUAAAAAUUAUUGUUCUGGAGAUAUAUGAGGUAUCUUAUGUCACCCUGUCCACCAGAGAGACUUUUUCAAAGGUUGGUCGAGAACUUUUGGGGGCCAUCACAGCUGUUCACCCUGAGAUUAUUUCUGUCCUUUUGGAUAGAGUUCAAGAAACCAUUGACCAAGUUGGAAUGGUUUCUUUAUACUUGUUUAAAGAAUUGCCAUUGUAUCUCUGGCAACCUUCUGCCUCUGAGGUGGCUGUGAUUCGGGAUUGGUUAUUGAAUUACAGCCUGACAGCAGUGAAGAACAAGUUGGCCUGUGUGAUCCUAGAAGGACUGAAUUGGGGAUUCGCUCAACAGGAUACUCUUCAUUUGGAUCGGGCAUUGCACACUGAAGUAGCCUUGCUGGUUCUCGAGGCUUAUCAGAAGCACCUCUCACAGAAGCCCUAUGCUGGUCUUAUUUCUGAAAGUAUGAAACAGGUUUCAUACCUGGCCAGUAUUGUUCGAUAUGGAGAGACUCCUGAGACCUCAUUUAACCAGUGGGCCUGGAACUUGAUCUUGAGGUUAAAAUUACACAAAAAUGAUUUUGGAGCACAGCAGAAUUGCCCAGUUGUUCCCUUCUCCAGCACAGGACCUGACAUGACAGAAUCACCCAUGUUUCAUCCUCUCUUGAAGGCUGUGAAAUCAGGCAUGCCCAUUGGCUGCUAUCUUGCCUUAGCUGUGACAGCUAUUGGCCACAGCAUUGAGAAGUUCUGUGCGGAAGGUAUCCCACUGUUGGGAAUUCUGGUCCAGUCAAGGCAUUUGAGAGCUGUGGUCCAUGUCCUAGAUAAGAUUCUACCCAUGUUCUAUCCUUGCCAGUAUUACCUUCUGAAGAAUGAGCAGUUUAUGUCAAACCUUCUCCUCUUCCUACACUUGGACAGUGGUGUUCCUCAGGGGGUCACGCAGCAGGUUACUCAGAAGGUGGCACAGCAUCUGACAGGAACCAGCCACGGGAACAACGUGAAGCUUCUUAAUAGCAUGAUCCAGGCACACAUAGGUGUGAGCACGCAGCCUAAUGAAGUAGGUCCUGUGGCUGUGUUGGAGUUCUGGGUCCAGGCUCUCAUAAGCCAGCAUCUCUGGUACCGAGAACAGCCUAUUCUCUUCCUCAUGGACCACUUGUGUAAAGCGGCUUUUCAGUUGACGCAGGAAGACUGUGUGCAGAAAUUGCUCUACCAACAGCACAAGAAUGCUUUGGGUUACCACUGUGACCGAAGUCUGCUCUCUUCCUUGGUGAACUGGAUUGUGGCAGGCAACAUCACGCCUUCCUUUGUGGAGGGCUUGUCCAUGUCCACGCAGGUUUGGUUUGCAUGGACUGUGCUGAACAUGGAAUCCAUCUUUGAAGAGGACUCUCAGCUCCGAAGAGUUGUCGAAGGGGAAUUGGUUAUAAAUGCUUUUACCCCUGACCAAGCUCUAAAGAAAGCCCAGCUCCAGCUGAAGCUGCCCAUCGUCCCAUCCCUGCAGAGAAUGAUGAUUUAUCGCUGGGCCCACCAGGCUCUGGCCACACCUGCUGACCAUCCUCUUCUGCCACUCAUUUGGCAGAAGUUCUUCCUCCUAUAUCUUCACCGCCCAGGACCACAAUAUGGGUUACCUGUAGACGGUUGUAUUGGAAGAAGGUUUUUUCAAAGUCCCUCGCAUAUCAAUUUGUUGAAAGACAUGAAGAGACGCCUGACUGAGGUGGCUGACUUCCACUAUGCUGCAAGCAAGGCCCUCCGUGUUCCAGCAGAGGGCAGUGAAGGGACAGCAGAGCAGCAGGCUGGUACCCCUGGUUACCUGACUUCUCCAGAGCUGCACAGGGAGCUAGUGAGGCUCUUCAAUGUAUAUAUAUUAUGGCUAGAAGAUGAAAAUUUUCAAAAAGGAGAUACCUAUAUUCCUUCUUUACCAAAGCAUUAUGAUAUUCACAGGCUAGCAAAAGUGAUGCAGAAUCAGCAGGACCUGUGGAUGGAAUAUUUGAAUAUGGAGCGCAUCCAUCAUGAGUUCCAGGAGAUGGUUGGUCAGUGGACACAGGCCAAGCUCGAGUCGCCUCCGCUGUCCUGCAGCUCUUCAGCACAGCUGGAUUUCACUGAUCCUUUGCUGGCUAAAGAAAGGGUUCUAAGUAACUUACGGAAGCACGAGGCCCCCCAUCCUCCUCUUGUUCUGCACCCUGUGAGGCCUCCUGUGCCUCUCAUUUCCUCUGCCGUGCUGUUGAGUCAGAAGGACACCACCCAGCUGGUGUGUACAGACCUCAACCUGUUGCAGCAGCAGGCCAGAACUGCUGCUCUCCGAGAGUCUCAGCAGGUCGCCCUGGACGGUGAGCUGUUGGAGACGAUGCCCAAACAGUACAUUAACCGAGAAGAGCAGACCACCCUGCAUCUGGAGUGCAGGGGCAGUGCUGGGAAGAAGUGCCAAGGAGCCGCAGUAGUGACAGUCCAGUUUGAAGGUAUGUAUAAGAAUGAAGCCAUCAGCCAGCAGAUUCAUGUUCUGCAAAAAGAAAUAAGGCAGUUCCAAGCAGAAGCUGCUCAGCCUCCUGCACUUACCAUUGUGGAAGCUGCUGUGCAUGCAGAAAACCUGAUCACGGCCUUAGUGAAUGCUUAUAAGUUGCAGCCUACACCUGGGGUUCAGAAGAUUGGCAUCAGCCUCUUCUUUACUGUUGUGGACUAUGUCAGCGAAGAGACCCAGCGCCAUCCUCCUACAAGGCAGUUCUUCACAUCAUGCAUCGAGAUCUUGGGACAGGUGUUUAUCAGCGGCACUAAAUCGGAAUGCAGGAAGGUGCUGCAGACUAUUCUGAAGAACAGGCGUCUCUGCUCUCUGCUUUCCCCUUUCUUCACUCCCAAUGCUGCGCCGGCUGAGUUCAUCCAGCUGUAUGAGAAAGUGGUGAAGUUUCUAAGUGAGGACAACAGUGAUAUGAUUUUCAUGCUGCUCACCAAGUUCGAUGUUAAGCAAUGGUUAAACGCCACUAAACCUCCUCUGUCUGAUCGUACCAGGCUUCUGGAGUCCAUUCACUUGGCACUUACUGCCUGGGGCCUUGAACCAGAUGAAGAUAUUUUGAUGCCAUUUAAUCUUUUCUGUAAGCACUGGACUCACCUUCUACUGUACCAGUUCCCUGACCAGUACAGUGACGUUCUCAGGCUGCUGGUGCAAAGCUCUGCAGAGCAGUUGCUGAGUCCUGAGUGCUGGAAAGCCACAUUGAGAGCCCUGGGCUGCUCUGCCCCAAGCAGCCAGCAGGGGGCAGCUUCUGCAGAGAGCUCUGUGCUCCACAGUGCCUCAGAUGUUCUGUCAGACAAGCAGGUAAUGGAGACCAUCCAAUGGCUUUCUGACUUCUUUUAUAAGCUUCGGUUAUCCAAGCUGGACUUUAAAAGCUUUGGAUUAUUCUCAAAAUGGACCCCUUAUAUGGCUGAUGUGAAGACAUUUUUGGGAUACCUUGUGAAAAGGCUGAUUGACUUAGAAAUCGCCUCUUUGGCCCAAGACCCAACUACUAGCAGCAGAGAAGUGCUAAGAUCCCUGCACUCCCAGAUCAUCCAGCUUUUUAAGCCCUGGAUCCUGGUUUUAGAAGACAGUGAAAGUAGCCAGCAGCGACAUUACCCCUGGCUAGAGAGUGAUGCUGUGGUGGCCUCCGAUAUUGUGCAGCUCUUCACUGACUGUGUUGGCUCACUGCAUGGGAGUUUUAAAGACAAGCUAUUGCCAGGUGACGAAGGAGCCCUGCGGUUGCACCUGCUGCAUUACUGUGAAGCAUGCACAGCACCCAAGAUGCCAGAGUUCAUUCUCUACACGUUUCAUAAUGCAUAUCAGAAUCUCGAGUGGAAGGACCUGCACCCUGACCAGAGGCUCAUGGAGGCCUUCUUCAAGGUGGAACGUGGAAGCCCCAAGAGCUGUUUCUUGUUUUUGGGGUCUGUACUCUGCAGAGUCAACUGGGUUAGUGUGCUGUCCGAUGCCUGGAAUCCCAGUCCCCUUCCUGAAACCCAGAGCAUGGUUGUCUGUCUCCUUUUCAUGAUGAUUUUACUGGCAAAGGAAGCUCAGCUGGUUGAUCAGACAGAUUCACCUUUACUAAGUCUUCUUGGACAGACAAGCUCACUCUCGUGGCAUCUUGUGGACCUCGUGUCCUACCAGAGCGUGCUGGGUUAUUUCAGCAGUCAUUACCCACCAUCCGUCAUCCUGGCCAAAGACUGUUCUGCUGAACACAUUGUGAAGCUCUUGAAAGUGUCUGCAGGACUCUCUGUUCCUGCUGAUGGCCAGAAGCAUCGUGACAUAGUUCCAAAGUGCCAAGCUUUCACUCGUCAGAUGGUUCAGUUUCUCAGUGCCCUGGAGCAGUCUGGAAAAGUCACCUUCCCAGUCCUGGAGCAGGAAAUAUCUAAGCUCUUAGAUGAUAUCAUUGUCUUUAACCCACCCGACAUGGACAGUCAGGCGCGUCACAUGGCCCUCAGCAGCCUCUUUACGGAAGUCCUAAUGAUGAUGAACAAUGCAACUAUCCCAACAGCAGAAUUCCUUGCUGGCAGUAUUCGGACCUGGAUUGGCCAAAAAGUACAUGGGUUGGUAGUGCUGCCCCUUUUAACAGCAGCCUGCCAAAGCCUGGCAUCCGUCCGCCACAUGGCAGAAACUACAGAAGCGUGCAUCGCUGCCUACUUCAAGGAAGGCUCCCUCAAUCAAAAUUUAGGAUGGGGCCCCAUUCUGGUGUCCCUUCAAGUUCCUGAGCUCACCAUCCAAGAGUUCCUGCAGGAAUGUUUAGCCCUGGGCAGUUGCUUGACUCUCUAUGUCUACCUGCUUCAGUGUCUAAACAGUGAACAGACUCUGAGGAACGAGAUGAAGGUGCUUCUCAUCCUAAACAAGUGGCUGGAACAGGUGUACCCAAGCUCCGCACAGGAAGAAGCCAAGCUGUUUCUGUGGUGGCACCAAGUCCUGCAGCUGUCACUGGUGCAGAUGGAACAGAACGACUCGGUCCUGACAGAGUCCAUCAUCCGGAUCCUGCUCAUGCUGCAGAGCAGGCAGAGCCUCAUGGCCGAGGAGAGGCUCAGCUCCGGGAUCCUGGGGGCCAUUGGCUUGGGCCGGAAGUCGCCCUUGUCCAACAGGUUCCGUGUGGUUGCCCGAGGCAUGGCCGCCUUCCUGUCAGUUCAGGUGCCUGCAGAAGACCAGAUUCGCCUGAAGCCUAGCUCCGAAUUACAUCUGACUCCAAAGGCUCAGCAGGUGCUGACUGCUCUUGAAUCCAUGACGCUCAGUAAGCAGUAUGUGGAAUACCAGGAUCAGAUACUGCAAGCUAUACAGUUCAUAAAGCAUCCUGGCCAUUGCCUUCAGAAUGGGAAGAGCUUCCUGGCUCUUCUGGUCAACUGUCUCUAUCCAGAAGUGCAUUAUUUAGACAACAUACGGUAGUGAUGCCCAAGCCCUCCAAGACUCUGCUGCUCUGGGUGUCCAUCACCUUCGCUGUUGCACAUGAACCUUUGUUCAGUUUCACCGCAGAGCUCAGUUCUGCCAGGAGCUUGAUCGAGGUGCAUGUUGGGAGGCGUUAGAUAGUUCUGGCUGUAUGUUUAUCUCUUGUUGUCCAGAGACUUGUUAGAUUUUGUAUUCUUCCACAGUGAACCUAAGUUCUGCUGAGUACAGAGCUGCUCACAUUUGGGAAAUGUGCCAGUCAACUCCCUAAGAACCACAGAUGGAGUUUUGAUGUGUCCACACUUCUGUCCCCCUGCUUUGUAGAAAUGUCAAGACUCCUAGGCCACAUCUGUCUACUUCGGGAGUCAUGAAGUGCCCUCUUUUGGACUCCGUUUGUAUUAUUCCAAUGUAAAACAAUCAACUUGGAAAAUGUCUGCAUUUCUUAAAUGUGGGGAAAUACACCAGCUUAGAAGUAUUAUGUUAUUUCUCUUAGAGUAGAGAUAAUACACUGAAUUAAGUCAGGAGUGGUGGUGCACACCUGUAAUCAGCACUCGGGGGCUGAAGUAGGAGGAUCAUAAGGGUGAGGCAGUGUAGGGUGCGAUGACUAUCUCAACAAGCAAAACAAAAAGGUCAUACAGAAGACAUGCCACUUAGCCCUGACCACAGUGGACAGCAGAGACGGUGACACAUCAGUUCCAACUGCAUGUCCUCCGGAAGCGCGCCUUUCUGAAUUGAUGUGGAAGCCGGUGCACGACGGCUGCUGUGCACAGGUGUGUCUUGUUUGGUCCGUGUGGUGGGAGGGCAGACAGCACUGAGCCGAGGCUACCAGAGCGCUGCAUUCCCUUGACUCCUCAUUCACGUCGUUUUAUUGGUUCUGUCUGCGGAAGUCCCCAACCCCUGACGUAUGUCAGGCUCUCUGCAGGCCCUACUGUCAAGGGACACUGGAUCUUUGUCCUCUUCCCUUGGUUAAGUUUAGGUGAAACUCACAGACAUGCUGGACUCAUGCCUAGGGAGAAGGGGCCCGCCCGGUCGGGGGAAUCUGAGAGAUCUGGCUUUGGUGAGCAGCCCAGUGCCUUCUGUCACUGCUGACAGUCCGCAUUGCCAAAGCCUGUCCAGCACGCUGCCGUGUUCUCUCGUCAUCUCUUGCUCAUGUCACUUCCUGCAGGAGUCAGGAAUUAGACUUCCAUCAAUGUAUUCAUAAUUCUCAAAGUGGCCCCAAACCAAUUUUGUUUGUUCUUAUGGGUUAUGGCUCAGAAAUAUUUGUGUAAAAUCUCUGAUGGCCACCAAGCGCCUUGAGUAAAGAUGGGCUUUACUGUUAGUGGGGUGCUGCCCCUUCCCUGGAAACUCGCAGGGAUUCUUCUUACUGAGAACAACUCUGCCUGGUUGACAUGCCUUGGGACAGUGAUAAAGAACGCCCCUGUUCAGUGGCCCCAAGUGUCAUUGUAAGGGAUAUGUCUCAGCCUUCUUUGCUUCUCUGUCCCCCAAAUCAGUCAUCUUCCCUCCGAGGAGAAGAGAACUUGAGACGCAGUAGACAGUUGAACAAGCAGAAAGUACUGUGUGUGUGGUUUCUCUGAGGAGAACCGAGUUCCCAGUACCUUAGAAUGUGAAAUGUUUGAAUGAUAGUGUGUACAUUUUAGAGAAUCAAUUAAUUUUGCAAGUUUGUAAUAUUUGUAAAUUUUGUCUGUAAAAAGUAUAAACAAUAAAAUCAACUUUUGAUUAUAACUGAUAAAUCUGAAUUGAAGGCUAAUGUAGAUUUUUUAUGCCUGAUAUUAAAUUUAUUCGGCUUUGUAACUGGUUGGUAAAAGUGCCGCUUUUUCAUCCUUGCUUAGCAUCUGAGAGUUCUUUGCCUCAGAUCCUAUGAGAAACACUAGGUUUAAAAAUGUGAAAUAAUGCAGAAUAAAGAAAGCUGCCUGCAGACAGGCUGGCUUGCUGCUUGAAGGAUGGACCAGGCUUUGCUAGGACAAUGGUUAGCUCUCAGAGUGCAAAGCCCUGGUAUCAGAGAUGGUGAUGAGCACUUGACGUCCUUUUCAACAUGCAAGGCCAAGGCCUGAGCAGUGUGGAAGGUGGACCAUCGAAGGCUCAGAGGCUCCUGCACCACAGCAUCAAGUCCUUCCAGGAACAGAAGGGGAGUUUUGAUCUCAGUGGAAGUGCCGCUGCCUCUCCAGUCAUCACUCACCACCUCAGAGCAUGCAGAGAGGUGUUGCUUUGGCCUUUCAUCUCCUUGCUCUACAACCUCACUAGACAGGAGAAGGCAGAGGCUGUUUCUUUUGGCAGAGAGGUCCUGUGGCUGUCAAUACAGAGUGAUAAUGGCUAUAAUACAUAUACUUGUGUCUUUAUACAUUUCUAAAGCUCUUGCACACUUGACCUUGCCCCUAAACAUGACUGGUGUCUUGCUGGUUAAGCAUCCACCUCUCCUGUAUUGUGCCCAAGUCUUUUGGUUCUUCGGUGUCAGAAGAUAUGAAGUGUUGACGCUCCACCUAAAUUAGCCAGAAGUCUUGCUCCACCAAGGCCAACCAGUCUAAGACCUGGUUUGUCAAAGCUCUUUGUCUGAAUCAAGGUGCUGAUACUGUUUUCAAAGAUGUGUAUUUGAAAAAUUACUCCUGAAGUGGGAAUCCAAUGUCUAGAAUCAUGGACAGAGUUAGCACAUUAAAUACCUCGAUCUCCUCAGUGGGGACCCUCAGCUUCUCUACCUGGCCAGUGUCUUGGAGUCCACUGCUGGCCCAGCCUCAGCUAUGCUCAGGCUCUCUGGUUCUGCUUAUCUUGAGCCAGAACAGUUCCCGGUGACCUUGCCUAUUGGUUGGGGAUCUGCCUGGAACAGCUGGGCAGGGCCUGUUCUCUUUCUCUUAGUAUACCUUGAGACAUCUCCCCUUGUCAAGUCUCUGACCUCUUCUGCCCUUACCCCUUAGUCCUCUUCAGGUUCCAUGCUCAGAAUUCUUUGUACUCUUCAAACAUGAUAUCCAAUAAAACUGCUUUGUGGUGGCAAAGUGCCCAAGUCAGUCCACACUGCUGUGCCAAGGAUUAGUAGUGCCUGAACUAUGAUAAGACUAACGGAGCACCUGGGAACACGUUUCAGUUGGCACUCACAGUGCAGGGAGAGAACACAUCUCUGUCUGUCUUGUUUGUGGUGCUUUGGCUGCCUUUUUCUAGUUCCUGCCCCAGAAUUAUCGUACUCCUGUGGGCCAGGGAGUGUAAAUCCCUCUAAUACACACUUGGGCAGCAUCAACUCCCAUCGUGUUCUGUAGUUGGCACAUUAACCUAGCAUUGAGUUAAACUGUAGACCCCUUUAAUAACAGUCACUGCCCAAGACCAGUUUUGUGGAGCAUCUACUUGGUGGGCACCAAUGAUCAGGCUCUUUGAACUUCAUCCUGUACUACAUCCUGAACCUCAUCCUUGCUCUUUAGUUUGAGCUCACUUGCCAGCUUACUUUGAGGUAAUAGCUGAUCCCAGUAGGUGAGGCUCUUGACUUAGAGCCGGGCCCUAAACAGAUUCUUCUGCUCCACCAGGGUGCUCCAGCUUUUGAGCAUGCAAAGGGUCAUGUGGCCAGGAGCAGGUCACGUGCUUAGUGACUUUCCUUCAUUCUACACAGGUUCCUCAUUCCUCUUGAGAAUAACUUGAAAAAAAAUUUAUGCUGCUCCGAUUUUAGUAGUAAGAGUGCUAAGGAAUGUUGGUUAUACCCUGUUUUCAAUGCAUCGUGUAAUACCACUGAGCACUGAGGGAAUUUUCCUUUCAGUGUUUUAAGAUGAUCUAUUUGCGAUCAGUACUCACAGUCUUCUUGGCCUGUCUAGUGUGAGCUUUAAAACCACAGUUCUAUUUUGGUCAUUAACUGUGCAAUAUUUCCUUCUGAUUCAUUGUUUAAUAUUUUCCAUGCUUGUAUGAAGGACACAUUUUUGUCUAAUGGUGAGAAACUGGAAGAUGUGAGACUUAGUGAGGUGGAAAUCUGCAAAUA